CUAGGAACAAAACUGUCUCUCUUGACGUUGAAUACAGUUCUCUCUCUCUCUCUCUCGAACCCCUCCCUUUCUCCCUCCCUCUAAACACACCCCUCUGGCAGAACCAGGAAGUCCCUCCCCCUCCCACAAACUCUCUUCUGAGAAAACAAAACUUAUCGGAGUCUCUGUGUCGUCUGUGUGAGAGUGAACAACAGUCCAAAUGGCUCAGCAGGCAGUUCUGCUGGACCAGGGCCAGUUCUGUUGUUCUGUCUGCCUGGAUCUACUGAAGGAACCAAUCACCAUCCCCUGUGGACACAGUUACUGUAGAAGCUGUAUUGAGGGCUGCUGGGAUCAGGAUGUUCUGAAAGGCUAUAGCUGUCCUCAGUGCAGACAGACCUUCACUCCAAGGCCCACUCUGAGGAAAAAUAACAUGUUGGCUGAGGUGGUGGAGAAACUGAAGAAGACAGGACUCCAGGCUGCUCCCCCUCCUGCUCUGUGCAAUACUGAACCUGUAGAUGUGGCGUGUGAUUUCUGCACUGGGACCAGAAAGCAGAAAGCCCUCAUGUCCUGUCUGGCGUGUCUGGCCUCUUACUGUGAGACUCACCUCCAACCUCACUAUGAAUCUCCUGCUUUCAAGAAGCACAAGCUGGUGAGAGCCACCGCACAACUACAGGAGAAGAUCUGCUCUCAUCAUGACAAACUGCUGGAGGUUUACUGUCGUACCGAUCAGCGGUGUAUCUGUUAUCUGUGUACAAUGGAUGAACAUAAAGGCCAUGAUACAGUGUCAGCUUCAGCAGAGAGGACUGAGAAACAGAGGCAGCUGGGGAUGAGUCAGCAGAAGGUCCAGCAGAGAUUCCAGGAGAGAGAGAAGGAGCUGAAGGAGCUCCAACAGGCUGUGGAGUCUUUCAAGCACUCUGCACAGGCAGCAGUGCAGGACAGUGAUCAGAUCUUCACUGAGCUGAUCUGCUCCAUUGAGAGAAGGCGCUCUGAGGUGAAGGAGCUGAUCAGAGCCCAAGAGAAGGCUCAAGUGAGUCAAGCUGAAGGACUCCUUGAACAAGUGGAACAGGAGAUAGCAGAGCUGAGGAAGAGAAGCAUUGAACUGGAGCAGCUCUCACACACAGAGGAUCACAUCCAUUUCCUCCAGCAUUAUCAAGCUCUCUCCAGUAUCAGUGUAUCUUCAGACUUACCCAGCAUCGUUGUCCGUCCUCUUCAGUACUUUGGAGAUGUGAGUAAGACUGUGUCUGAACUGAGAGAGAAACUAGAAGACUUCCUUAAAGGAGAAUGGACCAAGAUCUCCACUUCAGUGAAAAUAGUGGAUGUUGUACUGCCUCCAGAGCCCAAGACCAGAGAACAGUUGUUACAAUAUUCCUGUCAGCUCACACUGGACCCAGACACAGCACACACACGCCUCUCUCUGUCUGAUGGGAACAGAAAGGUGACCUUUACAGGCCAAGUCCAACCAUAUCCUGAUCAUCGAGACAGAUUCACAAAUGACUUGAUGGUGCUGUGUAGAGAGGGUCUGUCUGGACGCUGUUACUGGGAGGUGGAGUGGAGUGGACGGUGGGUUAUUAUAGCAGUCUCAUAUAAAGACAUCAGCAGAACAGGGAGAGGUAACGCAUUUGGAUUGAAUGACAAGUCUUGGAGUUUACAGUGCUCUAGUGGUGGUUAUUGUCUCAGACACAAUCAUGUUGUGACUAAAGUAUCAGGCCCUCGGUCCUCCAGAGUAGGAGUGUACCUGGAUCACAAGGCAGGUACUCUGUCCUUCUACAGUGUCUCUGACACAAUGACGCUCCUCCACAGAGUCCAGACCACAUUCACUCAGCCUCUCUAUCCUGGGGUUUGGCUCAAUAGUGAUAAUGGUACUACUGAGCUGGUUAAAGUGUAGUAGGGUCCACAUAGAUAUUAGUCAUGCCGGUGUAGUCUAUAGCUGAGCUGGUUAAACUGUAGUAGGAUCCACAUAGAUACUAGUCAUGCUGGUGUAGUCUAUAGCUGAGCUGGUUAAACUGUAGUAGGGUCCGCAUAGAUACUAGUCAUGCUGGUGUAAUCUAUAGCUGAGCUGGUUAAACUGUAGUAGGGUCCGCAUAGAUACUAGUCAUGCUGGUGUAAUCUAUAGCUGAGCUGGUUAAACUGUAUUAGGGUCCACAUAGAUACUAGUCAUGCUGGUGUAGUCUAUAGCUGAGCUGGUUAAACUGUAGUAGGGUCCACAUAGAUACUAGUCAUGCUGGUGUAGUCUAUAGCUGAGCUGGUUAAACUGUAGUAGGGGUCCACAUAGAUACUAGUCAUGCUGGUGUAGUCUAUAGCUGAACUGAUUAAACUGUAGUAGGGUCCACAUAGAUACUAGUCAUGCUGGUGUAGUCUAUAGCUGAGCUGGUUAAACUGUAGUAGGGUCCACAUAGAUACUAGUCAUGCUGGUGUAGUCUAUAGCUGAGCUGGUUAAACUGUAUUAGGGUCCACAUAGAUACUAGUCAUGCUGGUGUAGUCUAUAGCUGAGCUGGUUAAACUGUAUUAGGGUCCACAUAGAUACUAGUCAUGCUGGUGUAGUCUAUAGCUGAGCUGAUUAAACUAUAGUAGGGUCCACAUAGAUACUAGUCAUGCUGGUGUAGUCUAUAGCUGAGCUGGUUAAGUUGUAGUAGGUUCCACAUAGAUAGUAGUCAUGUUGGUGUUGAUGGUCCUCGGCUGUUAUGAUCAGUGGCGAUUAGCAUGUAAAUCUUGGUGGGACAAAAACAACAAAGCACAGAUUUAACAAGACAUUAAUUGCACUAUAAUGGUGACCAACAGUGCCAACAAACUGUUAGGGCCGACAUAAAGCUGUCCCAACAGCAGAGUCCCAACACCUUACCACUGCUACACCUGGCUAUCAGCGGAGCCUUGUCUUAGCAGCCAAACCGUUAAAUCAGCCUCAUCUACUGCUUAAAAAACCCCAUUGCUGAUAUGGCUGACUUGUUUAAACAAAUGUGGUUGUAAUAGAAGGUUCAGGAUGGCAACUUAAUUCUCUUCAAUGAUAUUAAUUGCUGAAAUGUUUCCCAGCAGCUUCUUGGUCAGAGCACUAUUAUAACACAGUGUUAUUACACAUCCGCAUUGACACAUAGACAUGAAUCAUGGUUCCUUUCCAUGUGUAACAGUCUGACAGUGUGAUAGAUCACUCUGUUACAUUGACAUGGAAAGGAACCAUGAUGUAACAGUUUGACACUGUGUGGUAGGUUACCAUAUUACUUUGACUAACCAUUGUUAUGGAUACUUCUAAAUUCUUAUCUUAAUCCUCAGAAUUCAUACAGUAUGGAACACCUGUAAUGGGAAUUUUAAGGUUUGUGCUUUUCUUUUAUUCUGUGUCCCAUUCAUGUGCUGUUCUAUAAACCAGUUUCUGUGUUCAUGCAAGUGGUUGACUGAAUAAAUCCUCCUCUUAUCAGUAACUGCAAUUUGGCAGUAGGCCCAGACCUUGUUUUGAGAACAAAUGAAAGAUAUCUCAGUUUCAAGGUCUCAGCUUACAGAGGAGAAGCCUUGUGAGGUGUUGGUCUGUCACGUUAUGUUAUGUUAUGGAACAGUAUUGGUCAGUCACAUGAAUGAAACAAAACGGUAACGAUUAAUUAAGUAUGCUAAAUCAUGCAAAUAUAACUUGUCUGUGUAUAGCCAUAUAUAAGACAACUGCUGGGUCUGCCCAGGGAGAGCUCCUGAUUGACAUGUAUACUAUGGUGCAAUAAUCUGGUUGGAACCUCGCCAGGGCGCUGACAAUAAACAAUGGUUCAUUUAA